UUUGCAGUGAGCACGCCGGCUAUCGUGGGCAUCUGCCUGGGCGCGUCGCUGUUCCUGGUGCUGACGGCGGCCGUGACAUGCGUGUGCUACCGGCGCCGCUCCCACUGGUCGCAGGGCCACGAGAAGCUGGGCGGGCUGGGCAAGCCGCGGGGCUCGGGCGACAAGCCGCUGGCCAUGCAGCAGCACCCGCGGCCCUGCCCGCGCCGCCCCACCGCCGUCAAGAGCCCCGCCGGCGGGCCGCCGCAGUACCUCAAGAAGAGCCCCAGCCCCACCGGGCCCGGCAAGUCACCACCGGGGGCGACGACCCCGAGCCCGACCAAGGACGCGAGGACGCCGCCGGGAGGCCACCACGGCGGCGGCACGAGCCCCACCGGCAUCCCCGGGCCGGGGGGCGCGACGCUGCCCGUGGCCCCGGCAGCCGCCGCCCCCGCCGAGCCCGCGCGCCUCUACACGGAGAGCGAGCGCUCGGCCGUGCAGCCGGCGCUGCAGUCCGCACCGCCCGUGUCCAAGGAGGAGCUCGACGCCAACGAGAAGAACGCCCGCCGACAGCAGCAGCUGCUCACGGAGCCGGGCCAGCUGGGACAGCUCACCUUCAAGCUGAGGUACCGCCAGGACAAGAGCACGCUGGUGGUGACUGUCGUCAAGUGCAAGAACCUGCCGGCCAAGGACCCGGGGCUGGGCAGUUGCGACCCGUACGUCAAGCUGCAGCUGCUGCCUGACAAGCAGCACAAGGUCAAGACCCGAGUGCUGCGCAAGUCGCGUGACCCGCAGUACGACGAGGACUUCACCUUCUACGGCAUAAACGCAAACCAGCUCCAGAGCAUCACCCUGCACUUCGUCGUGCUGAGCUUCGACCGCUACUCCCGGGAUGACAUCAUCGGCGAGGUGUUCUGCACGCUGAGCUCGGUGGACCUCAGCAACAAGGACAACCACCAGCAGAUGCUGACGAAGAACAUCCUGCCCCGAAGCCUCAAGAUCCGGUCGCAGGGCCGCGGGGAAAUCCUGGUGUCGCUGUGCUGGCAGCCUGCGGCCAACAGGCUCACCGUCGUCAUCCUCAAGGCCAGGAACCUGCCCAAGAUGGACGUGACGGGCCUGGCUGACCCCUACGUAAAGAUGUACCUGCUUGUUGGCGGCCAGCGAGUGGCCAAGAAAAAGACCCAUGUGAAGAAGCGCACUCUCAACCCCGUCUUCAACGAGUCGUUCGUGCUGGAGGUGCCUGCCGGUGCCGAGGGACUGGAGUCCGUAUCCCUCGAGUUCCUGCUGCUGGACUGGGAUCGUGUUACGAAGAACGAGGUCAUUGGUCGCCUCGAGCUCGGCGGCUCACGCUGCACUGGGUCCGCUCUUCAUCAUUGGAACGAGGUGUGCAACUCACCGCGCCGGCAGAUAGCAGAGUGGCACAAACUGCGAGAAUAACACACGCGUGUGUAAGCUGCGUAAUACCUAACCUACUUCCUCUCUCGAAAUCGCCAUCAUGUAACAACUUAAUUUUGCGUAUCAUGACCCUAAUAGCGCUCUGUCAGCCGACUCAAGUAGGAUACUGAUAGAGUCGGCGGUUUCCAAUGACUGUCUUGCAAAUAUUAAUAUUAUAUACAUUUAUAUUAUGUUGUAUCAUAUGCUGUCGAUCUCAGAAUCACAUUCAUAACAUUUGAGAAUUGAAUUAGUAAGUGUAUCAGAUCAGACCGGAAGUAUUAAUUAUUUCUCUCGAAGAUGGUAGUCGAAGGCAUGUUUAAACAAGCCACCACUAUGGGAUAAAAAUACACGAAAUUCUUACAGAAAACUGUUGGCAACAAAUGCCAAAACAUUUCAAGGUUUACAAUUUAAUUGACAUUCCAAACAGUAAGUUUAGAUGUAGUAAUAUGUAACUAGAUUCUAUUUGCUCUAGCAAACCUAACUCUUUUUCCUUUGAACUGACAUGUGAAUAAUAUGCAGAUGAGGCAUUGAAGACGUUUUGUACGUAUUGUGGUUGUGACCGCUAUUUGCAUUUUACAUCAUUAGCUACAUCUGUAGUUUGUUUGUACGUAUUCAGAAUUUAGAGAGUAUGUCCAUAAGAGACUCAAUCACAUUUGUAAACGAAAACGGCUGGAUAGUAUCCACAGAAACAUAUGAGCCGAUUCUAUUUGAUUUGACAAAUAUAAAUGAAGUUCGGAUGUAUUUGCUUUUGUAUUAUGUUCGAUUUUGUUGCAUAGAACUAAAUGCUAUAUUUCAGUGGCAUUAUGAAGAGUUAUUCUUAGGCUUUUACUUCAAGCAGACCAAUUUAAUAGAAAUUGCUUGCGCUUGGUGACGAGAAUAUCAACCAAGGACUAGUGUGUACAGGGCAGGGUAAAGCUGAGUUCAGUGGGAGCCAGUCUUAAUGUCUAUAUAGGGCUGCCUAACCAGUCCUAAAGAGCAGUUUUGUCUUCCUUUAUUAGCGCACUUCACAUGUAUGGAACUCUAUAAAUAUGUAAUUGUGUUAUACAAAAAUAAUGAGCCAGGAAUUUUAAGACAAUGCUGCAUAUCAUGUACUUUAUGGGUGGGGUUUGAAAAAUAUUCUAUGACUUUAACUAUUCAAUCACUGUUUAACACGAUUUGUGGAAAAAAUUGGAUUUAUUAAAAAAAAAAGCAUUCCUUAUAUUUUUAUCUGUACUGGCUAGUAGACUGCGCAUCUAUGAUAUCAGCAUUGACUAUUUGAUGUGGAAUAGACAUACGGGAGACUGAGUUAUGACUCUCAUAUUGUUAGAUGAGAGCAGAUUACUGGUGAGAAUGUCUAUAAAAAUACAAUCAAGAAUUUAGAAUUAAAAUGUACAUACUUACUUUUCCUACUACUUUUGCUUAGUUAAAUUGAAAAGAAAUUGUGUACGAAGAGAAAAAGUUGAUCUAUUUAUUGGGAAAGAAGGGGAAAAUAAUUCACCUAAGGUUUCCUAGAGUUGAGUGAGUCGUCCAUUAAACAUUAAUUUCGUGUAGAUUUUCUCUCCAGAAGUAAUGUCACACUUCAUUUCAAAAUUAUUGGCUCACUUAGAUGUAACCUAAUAUUGUUUUCUUGGAAAGGGGCUGGCUCCCCUUAUGUUAAAGUUUAGUGAACUGGAACAUGCAACUUUUCUUUUAAUUGACGUUUUCUGGUGUAUUUGAUGCACAUUGCUGCACAUUUGGUGUUUCAUUACAUUUACAGAGUUAAAAUUCAUGUAUUAGUCUACCAGCAUAUGAAUGAAGGUGAAAUAAUCUAUACUCUCACGCAGGUUUCGCCAAACCGGAUGUUUGCGUUUUCCUGUUUCCUGUCGAGGCAAAUAUAUAGUACCAACUAGUUUCAUAGGAUACGGCUACGGUCUCAGCAACAUACGAGCCAAGUCCCAAAGGUCAUUACUGUUCAGUGGUGUUAGUCCUAUAUCACUCUUCUAAACCUUUGGAGAGCCUCAGUGGACGUGGAAAAUAAAAGAAUGGCAUUUAUGUUAAAAAUGAAACACAUCCAUAUUCUAUCUAUUUGAGUGUAUAGUGUAGUCAAGAGAGAUGCUUCCUGCGUAUUGUAUCUGUUAUACCUCUAAAUAUUGGUUUGAACUUCUUGUGUUGUCUUAAAAGAACACUAGACAUAUUUUCUGACCACAAUUAUCUGCAUUUGGUUUUGUGGAAACUUAUAUCAGUAAAAGUAGGUGUAAUGGCUUAGUAUGCUGGUGUAGUGAUACACAUAAUAUUCUGUCUCAAAUUUUCUACGCAAAUUUGUCACCUAUUGUUGCCUACAGAUUUUUUAUUUAAGAGCAAAAUGUGUCUGAGCUCUUGGUUGCAUGAGUUAACUUUAAUCAGGUACUCGUGAAAAAACAAACAAAAACAGCAGCAUGUUAUAUUUUCUCAUUCUCAGUUUGAUCAGCACAAAUAAAGUGUGAAGACAUACAAACUA